GCUGGCGCAAUGUCCAAUCUCAUCUCUGGAAGCUCUGAUAAUGCCCCCAAACCUCCGUCACUGCAACCACUCGAUCCCACCAUCUUCAAUCAGUCAUUAUUUACUUCCAUCCUGCGCUUCUGGUUCGCGGAGCUUCCCUAUGGCGCCACAGCAGCAAGUCCGAAACUGCUGUUCAAGUGGUUCGGCCGCGUAGAUGCAGACAGCAAGGCCGCGUUCGAUGCCUCUUGUAGGGGGUUGAGCGCGGGCGCUCUCGCAUCCAUUGGGCCCGAUCGCCUCCAGCUGCCCCCGUUCCAGGGCUACGCCGAGGAGCGGGCUCUUGCGCCGCACAUUUCUUCACCUUUUCGCGACGCGAUUCAUCGCUGCAGCAAUCUUGGUGAUGGAGGCAGUGGCAGUGGUGGUGGUAGUUUACGCCCUGCCGAUGCGACGCUGGCGAUGAUGCUGCUGCUGGACCAGAUGCCACGCAAUAUCUUUCGUAAAGUCGAUGAGCUCGGCGUCGUGUACGCGCACUACGACCGCCUCGCACGUGCGCUGUUGUACUGUGUCUUGCAUCCACAGCGUGCGGACGACGGCUUUGAUGUUUUCGGGCUUGAUCGUGGCGAAGAGUUUGGACAUUCCCCCGUCCACGGCUGUUUUUUCUACGUCGUCUUGCAGCAUUCUGAGGCACUUGAAGAUCAUGAUGAAUUCGACCGGCGGGCUUUGCAGCAGCUGGAAAACAUCAGGGACGGUGAUGUACUGGCCGAGAAGUUCAUCAAGUCUGGGAUACAGUUUGAGCGGGAGCACAGGGGUCUGCUUGAGAGAUUUGGGAGGUAUCCCUACCGCAACAAGGCAUUAGGGCGUGGGCUUACGACAGAUGAAGAGAAGUAUCUCAAGGAAGAUGGUGAGACUUUUGGUACCAAUUCUGGAGUCUGA